AUGCGGUUUCAGCCCCCCUCGUGGUUGAACUGGUACAAAAAGCCAGAAUACCGCGACAUCAAGGAGUAUGCCACCAAUGUCAGCGCCGGACGACGCCCCGUGAGCCCGGACGGCCGCAAUGGAGGCAUCCCCAGCCGGCUGCGGCUCGACCGCAUCCUGGCAAACAAGACAUGUAGCCCAAUGUCCCUGUACGACUUUUACAUGUACCUCAAGCACAUUGAGUACUCGGCCGAGAACCUCGAGUUCUACAUGUGGAACUACGGGUUCCAUUCCCCAGCGCCACUCAGUCUUACCUCGUGCUGUGACCCGGGAUCCAGCCCGGCGACAGUGCCGGAGACCGAUGACAACGACAGCGAAGCGACCCAAGAAACCCUCGCCCAGCAUCUCCCAACUCAUCUCCACCACCGCCCUCUGCACCUCCAAAUCCGCCCUGCGCCACCUUCCCUCCCCCCGGAGAGAACACCACCACCACCACCAACAACAACCGGCCCCCCCAACCCCAACCACCGCCUCAUCAACCCGACCCCGACCACCAACCCCCCCCUAACCGACCUCACCACCAUCACCACCCUCUUCCUGCACCCCAACGCCCCCAAAGAACUCAACAUCCCCCCGCAUCUCCGCAACCAAACCCUCGCCGCCCUCUCCACCGCCACCACCUCCGGCCGCCCCCCUUCCCCCGACACGCUCCGCCCCGUGGCCGAGCACUGCUACACGCUGCUGCGCAACUGCUCGCACCGCAACUUUGUGCGCCUCGGCGUCGGCAACGGCACCUUCGAGACGGUGUGCGUGGCCACGGUGCUGGGGUGGGCGAAUCUGCUGGCCGGGAUUCGCGUGCCCGAAGAGGCUCCUGAGGGCGGUUGCAGCGGAAGAUUGUGGGGCAGAGCUUGA